UUGUAGUAAUAAUAUGUGAUACUGUAUGUUGGUUUAAAAUUUUCUUUUGCGCAUAAAUAUCCAUGAGCAUAGGGAUGGAAGAAUCAGAGGAAAAUAAUAGAGUCAGAUGGAACAAUAUUGAAGUAGAUAAAUGUUUUCUCGAAGCAUGUAUCCAAGAAGUUGCUCUCAAUGGCAGGGAAGGAGGAAGCCUUAAGGCUGAAUCUUGGGCCAAGAUUAUGGAUACUCUCAAGAAUAAUUAUAAUUUUGUGGUUUCUCAAAGACAAAUGAAGAAUAGAUACGACUACUUAAAACAAAAGUAUCAAGCUUGGUUGCCGUUAACAAUGAAAACAGGCAAUAUUUACAACCAUGCAACCAACACCAUCAACAUGACAAAGGAUGAGUGGACAGAGUAUAUAAAGGCUCAUCCUAAGGCAAGGAGUUUAAGACUUGCCCCCUUACCGUAUCCUGACCUUUGUAGAGCACUAUUUGAUGGAACCACUGCUACAGGGGUUCAUUCUUGGGGUCCUAGUUCCCAAGACCCAAAUCCUGGUACUAGCUCAUUUUCUUCAACUGUUCGAAAUGCGGAACAAAAUGACAUAGAAGAUAUUUUGUUUGGUGAUGAAGAUGAAAAUUUUGUCCCUACCACAGACACUCAGAGUAAUGAUUCCAACCAUCACUCACGAGGAGAAGAGCCUAAAAAGAAAAAGAAAAAGAUCCGACCUUCGUCUAGUGAUAAUAACUUAAUAGAAGAGAUGUCAGCUGCUUUGAAGUUAAUGAUAAAAAAUAACAGUGGACCGUCAGUUACAGAUUGCAUUGCUAAAUUGGAUGAACUUGGAUGGGAUAAAGAAGACAUCUUUUAUGUGUCUGCUAUUGUGAUAUUUGGUAGUUGCGCGGGACAUAGAGAAGCUUGGAUGGCGUUUCCUAAGGAUAAUGUGGGCGUUCUGAAAAUUAUUGGGCAUAAUAAGCGUCUUCGUGUGGUGAAGCGUAGAUUUCAACACUCUUCACAAACAGUUCAUGCGUGUUUUCACGAAGUGUUGAGUGCAAUGAUGAAUAUGGCAAGGGAGGUAAUAGUACCCACAACAUUUGACCCAAAUCCAAACAUGUCAGCAAGUUUUAAGAGGUUAAACCGCAUUUUUAAGGGAGCAGUUGGUGCACUUGAUGGAACAUUAAUACCUGCCAUUGUUCCAAUUUCACAGCAGACUGUGUAUAGGGGUAGAGGAAAGGGAGAAUGCUGGGAAGGGGUAACACAUGAUUCAAGAGUCUUAACAGAUACAGUUGCUGAUCCAAGAAACGGGUUUCCAUGGCCUCCACCUGGUAAAUACUAUCUUUGUGAUGCUGCAUAUACACAUACUAGAGGAUUUAUGGUUCCAUAUCGUAAUGUACGAUAUUGGUUAGGAGAUUAUCGUCGUAGGCGUCCUUUAACUAAAGAAGAAAGAUUUAACCAUGCUCAUGCUCAACUAAGAAAUGUUAUCGAACGAGCUUAUGGAGUUCUGAAGAAAAGAUUUUCGAUUUUACAAAAAAUGGCCCCUUUUUCGUUUAAUGUGCAGAGAAAUAUAGUGAUUGCUUGUUUUGCGGUGCAUAAUUUUAUAAGGAAAGAGCGUAUAAGUGAUACACUUUUUGAGGAGUUUGAUCAACCUAAUAUGCCAUUUGACGGUACGAAUGAGGAUGAGCAAAACCUUGUGAAUGAUGGUACAACUACUGGGCCAUGGUGGGGGGACGAAGACAUGCAAUACAUGGCAAAUGUGCGCGAUGAGAUAGCAACCCGAUUGAUGCCUGGAGGAACCAGGACCAAUUAG